CAAAAACCGAAAACUAAAUAAAUAAAUGAAAGAAAACAUUGGUUAACGGUCAAGUGAAAUUUAUUACAUUCUACAAAUGAGACAAGAACAACAAGAAAAUGCAGAACCCCAAGGAAAUUCUAAAGGAAAAAUAACCAAACCAGAAUUGUUUUGAAAAUUGAAAUAUUAAAGAAAGCAAAGAGAAAAAUAAGCAAAAAAAAAAAAAAACGCACGAAAAGUGUUACAAAGAGAAACACUAAUAGAGUAAAAGAGAAGGUGAAAACAAAUACAUAGAAACCAUGGCAAAUAGACGACAACGAAGUUUGGAACAAAGUUGUUCCCUUCUGGUCCUGCAAAUCCUAUUUCUACUACUAUGCAGAGAAUCCGUGGAAUGCCUGACAAUGACCGAAAUCAAGAUACCCAAGCAUAUAAUGCGACACGAAGAUGCCACUUUGGGUUGCAAAUUCGAUUUGGAUGGCGAGAGUUUAUAUUCGGUAAAAUGGUAUAAGGACGGCUUUGAAUUCUAUCGCUAUGUGCCAAGGGAUCUGCCACCCGGUCAGGUAUUCCCCUUGCCAGGAGUUGAUGUUGAGUUGCAAAAUUCAACGGACGUGGUUGUUGUCCUGCGCUCCGUGAGCCUUCAGUCGACUGGUCGCUAUCGCUGCGAAGUGUCCGGUGAGGCGCCUUCGUUUCAGACAGUUUCCGGUCACGAGGACAUGAUUGUUGUGGUCCAACCGAAGCAUGGACCACAAAUCACCGGGGGGCAGCCGCGGUAUCAAAUUGGCGACAUGGUGCGCGUCAAUUGCACUUCGGCCGCAUCGAAGCCCGUUUGCCAUCUCAGCUGGCUGAUUAACGGUAUGCAUGUAAAUCGCUCCCUACUGCGAUCCUAUGAGCCAUUGAUUGUGGGCAGAGAAGGACUGGAAGUGGCACGCCUUGGCCUGGAGUUUCGUGUCCGUGGAUGACAUUUCAAGCAUGGCGACAUGAAGUUGAAGUGUGUCGCCAAAAUCUCCUCAGUCUAUUGGCAAAGUAACGAGGAGAGUGUGGAAAGUGACAAACAUCAACGGAUACCUGUGCUAGAGUCAAGGGAAACCGUUAUACCAAAGUCACGGCAUCUAGAGAAAUCCCAGCCCCUGGAAGAGAAACAUCUAAAGAAGAGUCGUCGUCCAGCAGCCGCAACCUCAGUUGCCUCCGCCGCAGCCGCUGCCGCAGAAGCUGCGGCUGGUACUGCCGCAGCAUCCAGUGCAUCAUCAUCAUCGUGUGGCUCAUCUGUGCCCUGGUCACGCAUAUUAGCUUCCAAAUCAAUUGCACGCAUUUCGCUCUACGCAUUGCCCGUCCUAAUAGCAUUUCUCUGUACUAGCUGGACCUCAUCUAUUCCGGCCAAAUGGAGCAGUUGCCAGAGCCAACAACGACACCGACGCCGGCGCCUGUCGACCCAAUUAGUACUCAGCACAGUUUCAUACAGAUAACAAUUAACGAAGAUGUAUGAGGACAGCGGUUGGAAUCCGACAGCAUUGGAGAUUUACCAGAAUGCUUUGUAAAUAUCUUUGAUAGUAAUUCUCCCUCAAAAUAUAAUUGAAAUCACAUCAAGUAUACGCCAUGUGUAGGGCACGCUAAUAUAUAUUGUAUAUAAUCUAAUUUAGCUUUCCAUUUGAUGUUAGUAUUACGUACAAUUGUUCCUCUUUGGGCUUUUUGCUUAGUCUUUAACAAAAUGCUCAAAGGUGUUUGCAGAAAAAAAGGCAAAGAAAAAAAUAAGCAUAAAAAUAAAAUUGGAUAAGAUAGAUGAAAAUAUAUACAGAAAUACGUAUGUUGAAUGUAUAGAAAACUUGAUUAGCCAAAUAUUGUACAAGUUCAAAUCAAACUAGUCAUGACAAUGGACUAAAAUCGAUAAGUACUUGAUAUUAGCAUGGGGAAAGAAAACUAUCUAAUCAUACAUUUCAUGUAUCAAUUGUAAAACUACAUAUAUGUUUGUUAAAUUAGAAUAAAACAUCUAGUUUAAGCCUUCGAUUAGCUUAAGUGCAUAACUAAAUGUUGUAAGGCCAAAAGUUGAACUACUUAAGAAGUUCAAUGCAAAAGUUUUGUAUGGGAUUUUAGUUGAAUGUGAAAUGAAAACCAGGAAAUUUUUUAUUUGUCCCAGCAUCCAAUAAAUAAACUAAUACACGAAACUAAGUUAUUCUUAAUCUCUUGCAAAAAUGAUUCAGAAAUUAAGUUACAAAUAAAUGGCUAGUUUUUGUGUUUAUUUUAAAAUAAAAAUAAAAACUCGACUGUAUCCAUAUUUUCGUUUUUCAGAAUAGUUCUACAACCAAGAUAAUUGAUAAAAAGAAAUUAAUACUAAAACUGAAAAGCUUCACAAAGACUUUAAAGCUAAUUCAAUUCCUUAAGUUGUUUCAUCUACUAAUAACAAAAUAGAAACAAUCAUCAUAAUCCAAUUGCAAGUAAUUCGAUUACUUGAAUUUGAUUCCACAUUUAGUUUAAAUUUUAUUUUUGACCAAAUCCAAGCAAAGUUUUAGAUUCUGUGCCC